UCUGGCACUGCCAGCUAGAAACUGAUUUUCUUUGGGUUAUAAUUAUGAUACUAGCUGUUGCCUGUUGGCAUGUGGAUGAUGGCAUAUGGAGAUCGUAUAGCAAUAGACUCUGUUUCACGAAAGAAGUCCCGCGGAAAAUAGUGGGAUCUAAAAUAUUUCAAUACUAAAAUGAUGUAUCGGCAUAGAUACUAGCGACACACCCGCGGGACUUAAUUCGUGAAACAGACUUUACUUUAGCUCUGUGGUACUUCUAUUCUUUCUGGUCAAGUCUUAAUGUCAAAUCAACUUAAAAGUUUUGUCAGUUAGGCAGAUCUUAAAAACAGGUGCGAAGUUAUGAUCUGCAAGUUUGAGCUUAUUUAACUAAAAACUUAAUUAUCAUCAUGACUACAGCUCUUCACGUUGAAGUAGUCCAAAAACCACAAAGUCGAGCUAAUAAGGAUCAUGUUAAGGAACUUGUAAGUUCUUUUCUUGUAAACUUUGUAUCGUUAAGUCCUGGUAUGACCUUGUCUGAAAACGACUUGGCCGAUAAUUCUGAAUUAAAAGAACACGUUCAGUUAAUAACUUUCUGUGACAUUGAACAUGAAACAGAAGUUGUUGCGACAGAUACACAGCUUAUUUACCAUAUUUACAAAUUAAAUUCAUUUGGAGCUGAAACUGAUACGAUGACUGACGCAAGUACCGGUGAAGAAUUUGCUACAGCUGAUGUGUGGGCUUUGCCCAGUCAAGAAUUCCAUGGUCUGUGGGAGAGUCUUAUUUACGAUAGCAAAUUAAAAGAGGACACAGUACGAUUCGUUGAGACUGCUUUCGAGUUUGCUGACCGGGGCGUAGAUCCUAAUGUUAUUGGAUGGAAUCGAGUAGUUUUGUUGCAUGGCCCACCAGGUACAGGAAAGACUAGUUUGUGUCGUGCGCUUGCUCAAAAAUUGUCGAUUCGCCUUGCCGAUCGAUUUCCAAGGGCGCGCUUGAUUGAGAUUAAUGCACACGGACUUUUCUCCAAAUGGUUCGCAGAGAGUGGGAAGCUCGUCGCUCGGCUAUUUGAGCGUUUGGAAGAAAUUGUAGCCGACCCACGAUUGCUAGCAUGUGUGCUGGUCGACGAGGUGGAGUCUCUCGCGCACGCACGUCGCGCUGCGCUCUCCGGGCUCGAACCGUCAGACUCCAUUCGCGCCGUGAACGCCUUGCUGACGCAGUUGGACCGUCUGCGGCGACGUCCGAACGCGCUCGUACUGACCACGUCCAACGUAACGGGCGCAAUCGAUGUAGCCUUCGUGGACCGCGCCGACAUAAAGCGGCGCGUGGGCCCGCCUUCGGCGCGCGCGGCUUAUGAGAUCCUGCGCGGCUGCUGCGCCGAGCUGAUGGCGCGCGGCGUGGUGGUGCCGCGCGAGCCGGUGUUCGCGCUGCGCGUGCUGGAGGGCGCGCGCUUCGCGGACAGCGAGCCGGCGCGAGGCAGUCUGGCGCUGUGGGCGGCGGCGCGCGAGGCGGCGGCGGCGCGCGUCUCGGGGCGCGCGCUGCGGCGUCUGCCGUUCUUGGCCCGCGCGCUGCACGCGCCGCCCGCUUGCGACCUGCCUCGCUUCGUGGCGGCGCUACGAGCUGCGCUAGAGGCCUACCUGGCCGAUGCUGCAGACCUCAGCGACAUCGCUGUGCCCGACUGAUACACUCCCUUUGUUCCCACAAGCAUUCAUGUUCAUGGAAUACACAUAGCUGCAGUAUUUUUUUAAUAUCGACAAUUCGUUUGGCUAAUAAAAAAAAUUAAACACUGUUUAUGUGUCUUUCUACAGUGAUUGUCUACCAUGAAAAACAAAAAAGGAAGUGAAACUAUAUUUGUGGCCAGUUAAAAAAAAACAAGAAAAACAUGUUUAUUACAUUAUUUUAAUAACAAAAACAUCACUGAAAGUAUGCUAUUAAUCUGCUUGUUGUUAUUUAAGUUACCCCCUGAGGUAUAAGUUUGUUAUUUCAAGUAUAAUGAUAUUUACUAUAUUUAGCUAUAGAAACUAGUGAUUGAGCCAAAUGAAGAAUGUUUGUGCUUUAGUGUUCCUACAGAUGGGGGUUGUAUUGCUGGUUCUAAAGUAGAAUUCCACACUAAUGUAUUACUGUUAAGUAUUGUUGAUAUGAAUUGUUAUUUCGAUUUAUUUUUUCAAUUUUAUAAUAAAUGCUAUUGGAAGUA